ACUCCUUCAGAGUGUAGCUCGAUGCCCUGCGAAGAAUCGUGGAAAGCCAAGGCAGAAGAGUAUGAAUUAGAACACAGGAAAUCAAAAGAGAGUUCUCCAGAAGAGUUAACCCGUACAGAAGUGAGACAAAGUGCAACAAAACGCGUUAAAAAAUACUUCAAAAGAUGUAAAUAUGCCUUAUCCAAAUCCAACAGUGGUGAGGCAUCCAGCUCGAUUGAUUCAUAUUCGUCACUGUCGAAUAUCGAUAAAAAAGCCGAAGAGUCGCUUCAAGACGUUACAGUUACGGAUUUGACUGAAAUUUUCGAAGACGUUUGCGUAGAUACGUCGAUAACUAACGAUUUUAGUGAUAAAUUAGUCGUUGCUAACGUGAUCGAUGUUAAAGUGACGACGGGUGUUGUGCCAGAAAACUCGGAUUACGUGAACGUUCGAACUGAUCGUGAGCCGGAAAACUUAGAGCGCGUUGUUUCGGAAAAUCUUGAGCCAAUUAGUGAGCGUAUUCAGGAACUUUUUUCCGAAAGUGUGGAAACUUUCGAGCCUGAACAGAGUGAAGUUGGAUCCUCCGAAUCUUUUCCCCACUUGACGGAAGAGCAAGAGAGGGUUAAGGAUAAAGAAGAGGUCAUAGAUACAGGCAAAAGUAAUCCCGACAACGGAAUUGAGGCAAAGUGUGAUGUAGCUAGUUUGGUCGAUCGGUAUUUUGGCGACAUUUACUGGAACUUUCAGAAGACUCGAAAGUGUUUAGUGCGUCAAGCUAGGGACGUUUUGGUUUGCGAGUACCACGGUUCUCUUCAGAAAUUUGAAGAGGAAUUUUGCAUCCCUGCCUCCAAACUUCUGCAACAAAUCAAGAAUAAAGUCUUGGAAGCGCCUUUCGCACCUCGGGGAUGGCCCCUGUCAUUGGGCGCGUCAGGAGUACUUAUCCAUUUGGGGCCACUGAGCGCAACUCUGAUACGUAACCGAGACUGUUACUUGUGCAUUAGAAACCGGAGCGCGCCUGGACUCGAGCUAGCCUUGGUCUGGCGAAAGUCUGCCCGGAUCCAUUGCCAAACUCUCGCCGAGUUCAAAGACCCUUUCAAGACGGACGGCAUCUCCGCCGGAACCGGCGACAUCAUCAACAUGUGCUCCACUCUGUCCACGCCGAUAGACAUUGAAAAUUGCGCACUCAGCCUCCCAGACGGACCGGAGACUGAACUACCGGAGCUUCUCCAAAAUCUUCUGGUAUCAGUUGAGCACGCCAUCGAAAGGGUACCUCUUGAUGAUUUGGUAAUGCCCUGUCCUCACUGCUUAAUGUAUCUGCCAUUAGAAAGGCAGGAAGACACACCAGACGGUGUAACGUGUUCCUGUCAAUGUUCCUGUUUCGUACAAGAAGGACCAUUACCUUCAAUAGUCAAAAAGAAAGACACGUCGAUUCAAACGAGCCCCAUGUUCGAAUUUGCUGGAUCGAUUCCACACAUAGACAGUGACGAGGAUGACGAGAGGGAUUUGGAUAGAAAUGGUUCUUAUAAUAAGAAGCCAGUCGAAAUUCAAACUCCUAAGCGCAUCACGGACCUUCCAGAAAAACUGCUUAUGUCUGGCAUCAACUUGCCUGGACCGUCGUCGGUUGGAGUGGCGAACUUCUCCUAAGGUCGAUCCUUCCAUCUCCGAUGCUGGAUGUAAACUGUCAGACCCGAAUCAGCCCAACAUAAGUACAUGAUAUACUUAAAAUAUGUUCAUUAUUUCUUAAAUACCUUCGCAGUUCGUUAUAACCGAACAUUUGCUUAUAUAGAGCCAAAAAUAUACACAAAUAGGACAUUUGUCGCUACAGCCGAAUGCUCGCUGCACCCCCUGCUCUUUAUAAACGAAUGCUGUUGUAAUUUAUUUGUAACCGCCUGUAAGCUAUUCUUAUUAUUUUUUAUUGUCGUAUUUAGAACUGUACCUACUAAUUAAUACUGAACUACCAUGAUUUUUAUGUGGCGCAUUUAGAAAUACUUAUCACAUUUUAUGGCUUCUGGUGUUGAAUAACAAAUUUAGCAAUUAAUGCAAAUCGUUUUACGAAAGAAUGCAAAUUUACCAGAAACAUUUAUUAAUAGCGGAGGUGGAAUACAUGACAUGACCUGAAAAUUUAGUGGAACUGUCAUGUUUUUCGCACAGUUUAUUUGUAUUUUAUGCAGAUGUGGUAACAUUAUGUAAGUUAUACUGUGUCUAUACGGAAUUCAGGUUGGUUUAGCGUAUUUUAUUAGCAUAAGAAGCAACGUUUGGGUUGAGACCAUUACCACAUUUGUCUCUUUUAUGAUACAACAUAGUAAAACAUCACUUUAAUUAUUUCUGAAAUAUAUAUAAAAUAAACCGUUACUUUUA